CAUAUCAGCUCAGUUUUUACAUUAUUUAUAGUUCGGUUGGAUUGAAACAGAUACACUUCCAGGAAGAAACGGCCAUUGCAGCCUCAGGAUCGUGGUCGACAUGACAAUCACUCGUGCGGUGAAGAAUCGCCUGCGACAAUCGGAUACUGUAUUCACGGUAAUACAGUCUUCUGAUUAUUCCGAUUCAUCAUAGAAGAUGACACGUCAGUCUGUCAUUUUCAAACCUACCGCUCUAAAAGACCCCUCAACAUGGGAAGUGCCAGAGCCAAUCAUCCCUGGCAGAUGUGACAUGUCAGUGAAUGAAGAGAAAUCACAAUUAACUGAACAGAAUUCUAAUUUGGAAACCCUUCAAGAGGAUGCGCCAUUCGAGGAUCGCAUUAAGGGAUUAAAUGACAUAAACGUUCAUCUGAAAGCACUGACUAGUCUCAAAUUGACACCAUUAGAUAGUUAUUCUGUAAAUAAAAAUACAAAUUUGACCACAUAUGAUGUGGAUGUAAACAAAUCUAAGGGGAUCAACAAUAAAAACUUUCAUUUACCUCAGAAAUAAAGUCUCAUGAGGUGCACUUAGAA